AGGGAAAGGGUGAGACCUUUCAAAGCCGCCAAGCGGGCAGGCCUCCAGCAGCCGCCCGCCCCGGAGUGAGCAAGCGGCAGAGCCACCCAGCCCGGCGGCGGGGCAUCGGGCCUCGCGUUUCAACUUCUGUUCUGUUCUCCUGUAAUGGAAAAUUGCUUUGCACAAAGCUAGAGUGUUACAGUUCUUUCCAGCGCCCCUCCCCCCCGCCACCCCGCCCCUCGGCAGCCUUCUGACCAGAGGGACAGCGCCCGCAGGAAGGUGGAAGGAGGCGAUGACUCUGGGACUCCUCAGUGACCUUGUUUACUUGGACUGUCAGCAUAACCUGAUUCGCGAGGUGAUGGAUUAUACCUUCAUCGGGGUCUUCAAACUCAUCUACCUUGAUCUCAGCUGCAACAACCUAACCUUGAUCUCCCCGUACAGUUUCUCCGUGCUCGGCAACCUGGUGCAGCUGAACCUCUCCAACAACCCUCACCUGUUAUCUCUUAACAAGUACACCUUUGCCAAUACCAGCUCUCUGAGGUACUUGGACCUCAGAAACACCGGCUUGCAGACCUUGGACCAUGCCGCCUUCCAGAGCCUCAUAACACUACAGACCCUGUAUCUGAGCGGGAACCCGUGGACGUGCAACUGCUCGUUCCUGGACUUCACCAUCUACUUAAUAGUGUCCCAUCUGGACCAUCCAGAUGACCAAAAUGCCACGUGCACGGAGCCUCCAGAGCUGGUGGGAUGGCCCAUCGCGCAGGUGGGGAACCCGCUGCGUUACAUGUGCAUCACGCACCUGGACCGCCAGGACUACCUCUUCCUGCUGCUUAUCGGCUUCUGCAUCUUCUCGGCAGGCACCGUGGCCGCCUGGCUCACAGGCAUGUGCGCAGUGCUCUACCAGAGCGCCCGGCGCAAGGCCAGUGAGGACCAGCCCGAGGACUCGGCCCAGGACGGGUUCCCUCGGCUGAUUUAGCGGCCAGAGACUGCUGCCGGAUGUGCCUUUCCCGGGCUCCCUGCCUGCUCUGUCGCCCUCCCCCCACCCCCAAGUCCUCACAGCUGUCUUAGACACCAACGCCUAUUAGUAAAGCAAAUAAAAUGUUUGGUGGCCAUUUCA